GAGCACGUGAAAGCUGCUCAUGCGAAGCGUUCUGCUUGCCAAUGCCAGGUUGCAAUCCUAGACGCAAGUCACGCGCCCCAAUCAAGUAAGACCACUACCGGUACUGAUUCUCUUGGUCCCAGCAGACGUUUUUUUCCUGAAGGCUAGGCUGGAUCUGAGGAGGUGUGCAAGUCAAUGGCGGCGGAUGCAAUGGACACUGCCCUGGGCUUGCUCGGUCACCUUCCCGAGGGCUCGCUCGUCAUCAUCAAAGACUCGCUAGCCGCCAGCGGUUCUUUCCUGCUACACCACUACAUCAGCAGAUUGUUGGCUGCCCCAAAAGCUGAAAAGCAAACUCCCACGUCAAUUGAUGUUCGUACUGAGAAGUCCACUGCUUUUGAUGGGAGGGUCGGUAAGGUUCCUUGUAAGGUUUGCCUGGUGGCAUUCGAUCAGAAGUUUUCACACUUUGCAAAUGUGGGCCGGAAGCAGGGUGUGAACCUGGUUGCAAACGCAGAGGAGGGCGCGCUACGGUUCGUCGACGGCAUCUCGAAACCGUUCGAGUGGGGGGGAGUACUUCCUCGUAGCACCCCAUGUGGCGCGGUUGAGACAUCCGAGAGUCUGGAGAGCUUUCUCGAGGGGGGUCUACAGGAGCUAUCAAUCACGGGGGAGCCGCAGUCUGUCAGAAGCGCUUCUCCAAGCGCCCCCCAGGGCGUAGUAAAACAGAUUGAGACCUCAUUAGGAGCUGUGUCGGACCUCUCUGAUCAGUCAGAAGCUGAGGCAAAGCAGAACAAACGGGCGCCACUGGCUGACGGGGGCCUUGCUAUCGUCUUUGAUGACUUGGGGGGACCGGAAGCUGCAUGUCAGGGCUCGGCGCAUGAGGUCCUGGCGCUGCUCAACUGGUGCCGGACACUGCGGAGUCAAAACGGAGAGCGGGCUUCGGUGGUGGCUCUGGUUCAUGGCAACGAUAUGCCAGACGGGGAGAAAGGCCUUGCAUCGAUCAUGGAACACUCUGCGGACCUCAUUCUUCAAGUCGAGCCGCUGUCAACAGGCGCCGCUGCUGAUAUCCACGGACAGCUGUUGAUCACACAGCGAACCAACAAAUGGAUGGACCAUUUGAGGAAAGGAAUAGGCGGUUUCGAAGCAACGAAGCUCCCUAGACAGCAGAAGUUUCAGUUCCGACUGCUCGAGACGGGUGUGAAAUUGUUACAUAUCGGAGGAAGCAAGGGUGGCGCUUGA